CCUCAAUCCAUCUUCCAUCACUCCUCAACCACCAUUGAUCAUCACACGAUAGUUCUAUAUCGCCUUUAUUGAAUCAACUCGCAGCCAUGGUCGUCAAGGUUGGAAUCAACGGCUUCGGUCGUAUUGGCAGAAUUGUCUUCCGCAAUGCGGUUGAGCACCCAGAAGUCGAGAUUGUCGCCGUGAAUGAUCCUUUCAUUGAGACACACUAUGCUGCCUAUAUGCUCAAAUACGACUCCACCCACGGCCGAUUCAAGGGUGAUGUCAAGUUCUCCGAUAAUGGUUUGGAUGUUGAUGGCAAGCACGUCCGCUUCUACCAAGAGAGGGAUCCUGCCAACAUCCCAUGGGCCGAAACCGGUGCCGACUACGUCAUUGAAUCCACUGGUGUCUUCACCACCACGGAGAAGGCCAGCGCUCACUUGAAGGGUGGCGCGAAGAAGGUCAUCAUCUCCGCCCCAUCUGCCGAUGCCCCAAUGUUCGUAAUGGGUGUCAACAACGAGACAUAUAAGUCCGAUAUCAAGGUUCUCUCCAACGCCUCCUGCACAACCAACUGUCUUGCUCCUUUGGCCAAGGUUGUCAAUGACAACUUCGGCUUGGUUGAGGGUUUGAUGACCACCGUCCACUCCUAUACCGCCACUCAGAAGACUGUCGAUGGCCCAUCCUCCAAGGACUGGCGUGGUGGCCGUGCCGCUGCUCAGAACAUCAUCCCUAGCAGCACUGGUGCCGCCAAGGCUGUUGGAAAGGUCAUUCCAUCUUUGAAUGGAAAGCUCACCGGCAUGUCUAUGCGUGUCCCCACUUCUAACGUCUCCGUUGUUGACCUUACCUGCCGCACCGACAAGUCUGUUACCUAUGAUCAGAUCAAGGAGGCUAUGAAGAAGGCCUCUGCCAACGAGCUCAAGGGAAUCAUGAGCUACUCUGAGGAUGCUCUUGUUUCCUCCGAUUUGAACGGAGACACUCACUCUUGCAUCUUCGACGCUACCGCAGGUAUCGCCCUUAACGACCACUUCAUCAAGCUCGUUGCUUGGUACGACAACGAAUGGGGCUACUCUCGCCGUGUGAUCGACUUGAUCGCAUACAUUGCUGGUGUCGAUGCCGGCAAAUAGCUAUCUAAAGAGAGUUAUGGAGAGAAGAGUUUGCUCUAGGGAAUGAGUACUGUUGUCUCAACAGAAUGCUUCCCCAUCCUGUAUUCUUCAACCCGACUUGUCCUGGCAUAGCUGGCUGUCAUUCUUGCCUAACAAUGUAUGUUCUAGUUUUGCUGAUGUAGAAUGACCAAACAAAAGUGAUAUGACCACCAAGAUAGGCAAUCAAUGAAAAUAUUGUUUUAAUAGUGAA